GACCCGAUUAAAGAAAAAUGGCCAAAGUGCCGGAAAACCUGAGUAGCCGAGGAAAUUUCAGUCCUUACGAAGACGUUUCCCGGUAGAAAAUUUUGGAGGGAAGCCGAGGUUGAAGACGACCGCUAUUCGUGUUCUUGAACCUUCAUAUCUUGUUAUGGAGGUGGGAUCAGAUUUAGACCCUAUAGAAGCUGAAUUGGACGCGGACCUUGAACCUGUAAAAGACUGUAAUGGACCUGCUCAUCACCCUUCCGCUCCAUUUGAUGAGGUAUUUGACAUCUCAACGACGGUUGAUCCUAGCUAUAUAAUUUCUCUAAUACGAAAACUUCUGCCAUUGAACGCGAGUAACACGCGCAAUUCUUGUGGAAAUGGGCAUGACGGCGGUGACACCUCAGUAAACAAAAUGGAUGAAGGUGAUGGGUAUGUAUCCGGUGAUCAACUCUUUAGUUCUUCAGGAACAGUGAGUAAAUGCCUAGGCAUUGAAAUUGAGGAUGAUUCUGGUAAACUUGCUGAUAAAGAAGGUGAGGAUGAAGGUGCAUGUCCCAAAUCGGAGCAGCUUAUUUCAUCCUCAGAAGAAAAGGUCUGGGAAGAGUAUGGUUGCAUUCUGUGGGAUCUUUCUGCGAGUAGAUCUCAAGCAGAACUUAUGGUUCAAAACCUUGUCCUUGAAGUUCUUUCUGCAAACCUUAUGGUCUCACAAUCUGUGCGUGUUAUGGAGAUUAGCCUUGGAAUCAUUGGGAACCUGGCUUGCCAUGAAGUUCCCAUGAAACAUAUAGUCGCCAAGAGUGGAUUAAUUACAACCAUUGUGUCCCAGUUGUUUCUAGAUGAUGCUCAAUGUUUAUGUGAAGUUUGCAGGUUAUUAAACACAGGUCUUCAAAGCAGCGAAUGUGUCAUAUGGGCGGAGGCUUUGAAUUCUGAGCAUGUUCUUUCUCGUAUUUUAUGGGUUUCUGAGAAUACCUUAAAUCCACAGCUUAUUGAAAAGAGUGUUGGGCUAUUAUCAACCAUUAUUGAAAGUCAGCAAGAAAUUGUUCAUGUUCUUCUCUCAUGUUUGAUGAAGCUGGGUUUGUCGAGUGUUUUGUUCAACCUUUUUUCUUUUGAGAUGAAAAUAUUAACAAAUGAAAGAUCAGCUGAAAGGCAUUCAAUUCUGGACGUCAUUCUUCGGGCAGUUGAAGCACUCUCUGGAAAUGAAGAGCAUUCUCGUGAACUUUGUUCAAAUAAAGAACUUUUUCAGCUUGUUCGUGAUCUAGUCAAAUUGCCAGAUGCAUUUGAGGUUUCCAGUUCUUGUAUCAGUGCUGUGGUUUUGAUUGCAAAUAUUCUGUCAGAUGUACCUGAUCUAGCCUUUGAGAUGUCUCAGGAUCUGUCUUUCCUACAAGGUCUACUUGAUAUAUUCUCUUUUGUUGGGGAUGACUUUGAGGCACGUGAUGCUGUUUGGAGCAUCAUUGCUAGGAUAUUGGUUCGUGUUCAAGAAAAUGUGAUGAGCAGACCAAAGCUGUUUGAGUAUGUGUCAUUACUCGUGAGUAAGACUGAUCUCAUCGAGGAUGAUCUUCUAGACCACUGUAUGACUGAAUCAAAUAAAGAAGAGGAUGGAAUGACCUCUGCCUGCACAAAAUCAAACUCUAGAUGUAUAUCUUUAAGAAGGAUAAUUUCUAUUUUAAAUCAUUGGACUGCUUCUAAGGAUGAAGGGACAGAUGUAAGAGAUGAAUAUUGUUUAGAAGAUGUAGACGUCAAUAGAUUGUUGACCUGUUGCUCUAAACACUCUGAGGAGUUAGCAGGGAUGGAAACACACACCCCAUAACCCAUAGUGUUGCUCUUAGCCACUUUCAGUAUGUCACGUUGAUGCCUCUCCAUUCGGAACUCAAAGGCCAGGAUAUCAUUUUGAAUCAUUAACAACUGAAAGAAAGCCAAUACAGUUAGGUUUUUGAAAAUUUGGUUUCCGUGGUUUGGAGAAAGUUAGAUUUUGGUUUCAAUGGUUUAUACUUUAUAAUUAGAAUUUGGUCCCUAUGAUUUGAUUAAAAUCUUAUGGACUAUUUAUGAGGGUUUUAUCAAACCAUAAAGACUAUUUAUAGAGGUUUUAUCAAACAUUAAGGACUAAAUUUUGACUUUUAAAACCAUAAGAUCUAAAUUCUAACUUUCUCCAAAAACUUAGGGACCAAUUUGUAAUAAACCAUACAAUAUUUACUGAAUGGAUGUGCAGUUUGUGGUUGUACACUGCAACUAGGUCAGGCCUGUUGUUGGAUGAUAAAUUAUUGGUCUAAGCCUCCUCAGAGUCCCAACAGCUUCCGAAAUCCUGCGAAAUGUUUGGUUAUACAAUACUUGCCUUAUAAGUAGUUUGGAGAUGGUUUUAGGACUACAAAGGUUUUGUACUGUGAUUGAUUAUAGCUAAAAUCACAUAUUAUUCAAUGAUCAUCCCAUUGGCACAUGAAAUAAUUGACUGCUUACUUUUAUUGGUUC